AUGUCAGAGUCUCUCAACGGUAUUUACAAUACAGAAGUCUCACAUCUCCCCACAAAGCCCAGCAAACAAACUUUUCAAGACUGGCAUUUGAUUGGCAGUAAAUUUGCUGCAAUCGCCGGAGGCGGGACUUGGUCUCAGGGUGUCCAUCUCCGGAAUGGAGGGCACCCUGCCAUGGGAUUUGGCCAACCUUCUACAAUCUCCCAUCCCCGACCUUACAGCCCUCCUCUAUCAGAUUCACAAGACUAUCUGGAAUCUUCAGAAGAUGAUGGUGAAGAUGGACAUCCAACUGUUCAGCAAAAAGGCGCAGAAAAGGAGAAGAUACAUGAUCAUCAAGCCAACAAUAUCUGGAUGGAGUGUGAACAAGAGCGUGCUGAGAAGGGCAACAGAGUUAAUGACGUACAUGAUUUGCAAUCACAGCUCCGCAAGCACUACAAAGAAGGAAUGAAGAUAUCUGAUGAUACCUACAUUUGUAUCCCCAUGGAUGCUAUUCCCAGCUCCCUGGUGGAUAUUUGUAACUCUGAUGAGACACUAAUGGCAUUCAUCUGCACGAAUCUUCCAGCAAAAAUACAAAAUUCUCUUACAGACAACCUACUAGCAGUGUUUGGGACCCCGGAUCUAUUGACAGAGAAGAACACCUGUGUCGAUGCUGACUCUACCUUUCAAGCACUUCACUUGUCAUGGUACAACCGCCACUGUACCAAGGGUCAUGAAGCUCCGUCUGAUAUAUCUCCUUCUAUGCUUGACAGAGUUGGCUGUGUACAUACCAACCACAGCCAGAUGAUCCCAUACAUCUCCAAGGACAUCAAAGACAACCAGAAAAUAUUUCAAUCCGUCAAGAUGCAAACCCACCUGCCUGAAGAGUGCCAGAUGCUCGAGCAAAUUGUGUCCAUCUUACCAGAAAACCACAACUCCCCAGCCUCCCCCUUCCUCUCACUGGUCAUCAAUAUCAACGUACAGACAAAGGCUCACCGUGACAGCAAGGACCAGGAGUUUUGCCUGGUUCUCCCCAUUAGAACAUUCAGGGGGGCAGCUCUUGUGAUGGUUGAGACAGGCCUUAUUAUUGAGCUGAAUCAUGGGGACUUUGCAAUUUUUAGGUCGUCUAAUAUCACUCAUCUCAAUCUUCAUUAUGAAGCAAUCCUCAGAGGUAUUGUCAGGAAUUAUUUGUAUUCUGACCAGAAUGCCUGCCCUAAACUCUGCUGGUCAACUUCAAUGGCAGGCAAAAAAAAUACAAAGGGUAAAUCUAAAGCUAAUGCCUCUAAGGGGCAAAGCAAUGCGGUUACUUUAAGUGCUGAGGAGUACCAGCACCUCAUGACUAUGAAUGCCAGGGUAAAAUCUACCCAGGCAGCUCAGAAAGAGGCAAUGGAAGCCAAAUGCAUAGCAACAAGAAAGAAAGCAGCUAGUUUAAGGGAUGAAGAAAAACAGGAUCUUAAUGAUGUUGGCCCAGUUACACCACCAAACCCUCCUAGAAAAAAACAAGCCAUUGACGAUAAUUCCGAUGAGAAAGAUUUUCAAGGGUCCUAA